AUGGAUGGGAGGCACCUUCUGAUCCAGUUAGUUGUGGAGGAAGAUUACGACAGACUCUUUGUCAAGCAAUCAGUAAUUAUAGAUGGAGCUACCAUGAAGAUUGUAAAGUGGACUCCUGACUUUGAUCCAAGUAAAGAGCCACCUGUGGUUCCUCUUUGGUAUAAGUUGUCAGGCCUUCCACUUCCUUUCUUCAAGUUGAAUGCCUUAUUCAACAUAGGAAGAGCUUUGGGCACACCUUUGAAAGUGGAUGCCCCUACAGAUAAUAAAGCUAGGCCAGCACUGGCUAGAAUACAAGUGGAGAGAGAUAUUACCCUCCCUGAGCUGAAGCAAAUAUGGAUUGGCUCAGACACUGAAGGAUUUUGGCAAGAUAUUGUCCCUGAACAAAAACCCUACUAUUGUCAGCAUUGCAAAAUGUUUGGCCAUACAGUGGAAAAGUGCUACAGAUUACAUCUACCCCCUAAAAGAAAUACUGGUAGGGCCCGUAGGGAAACAGGAAAUACCUCAUUGAAAGUCAUUGGGAACAUUGCUAAAGAAACACAUCUGAACAAUAGGAAAGAAACCACUCAAAGGACUGAGGGAUCACUCCCAACAAUCAUUGUAAACUCUUCAUCAGCUGAUCCUUUAGGUGAGCUAUCAGAUUCCCCUCCAAACAGAAUCACAGUGAACUCUUCAAUCAAAACAGUAAGAAAGGAAAUUAAUGAAAUUAUAAUGAUCACUCCUUCACCUCCCCUUCAAGAGGAAAGUCAGACAGACACUCAUGGCAAGGCUCCUAAGGAACAUGUAAUCACUGGUCUUAAACAAGCAAUUGAAGAAGAUUGGCAGGUUCAAACAGCCAAAAGAAAAAGCAAACAAGUAACAGAAGUGCAGAAAUUACAACAAGGAGUCAGCUUAAUGCAGGCAGAGAGUAAAACCAGAAUAAAGUUUGGUUCUCCCAAUCAUCACAGAGGUUGUACAAAGGAUGAUAGAAAAGUGCUUUGGAAUUGCUUGUUGAAUAUCAGCCAGCAGAUGGAUUCCCCUUGGAUUGUAGGGGGAGACUUUAACUGCAUUACUUCUUUUGCUGAAAAAACUGGGGGUAGAGCUCCUAGCCAAGCCAAAAUGAACACCUUUAAUGAUAACAUUCACAGUGGUGGUUUGUUUGAUUUGGGUUUCAAGGGACCUGCAUUUACUUGGAAGAGGCGUAAAAUUUGGGAAAGACUUGAUAAAGUCUUGGUCAAUGAUAGCUGGAAAUGGAGUUGGGGGGCAUUUGGAAAUGUCCUUACUAAAGUUCAAGAGCUAGAAGAGGAAGUUAUAAGAUUGGAGCAAGAUGAACAUGAAGGAAUAGUUGAGGAAAAGGAACUACUAACUGUCCAAAACAAACUUCUUACUGUUAUUGAUUAUCAUGACCAAAUUCUUAAGCAAAAAGCUGCUAUGAACAUCUUCACUGAAGGGGACAGAAACACCAAAUUUUACCAUGCUUACAUCAAAUACAAAAGGAAAUGCAAUACAAUACAUGCUAUUGAAAAUACUGAGGGGAAAUGGCUACAUGAGAAUGUUGAAAUAGCAAAUGAUGUUGUAUGCUAUUUCAAAAACCUUUUGAAUCAAGAACAUAAUCACAUAAUCCCUAUUGAUCCAAAUUAUUUCUCUGCUGAGCUUAAUUACACAACUAAUCUAAAACUUACUGAAAUUCGUGAUGAAGAGGAGAUUUGGGAGGCUAUGAAUUCUAUUGAUAUAAACAAAGCAACUGGCCCUCAUAGAUUCACUGCUGAGUUCUAUAAAAAAUCUUGGGACAUUAUUAAGCCGGAGGUUAUAGCUGUUGUGGCUAAUUUUUUUCCAAGGAAACAAUCUCCCACAUUACUUUAG